UGGCGUCUGGCAGAAUAUGCAUGUUAGCAGAGUCCCUUGUCUUAGUGAGAAAGUGUGUGAGCUGCAGCAGUCCUGCUCCAGCAGAGCCUCUGUGUGUCUCAUAAAGUGUCUGAAGGGACUUUGUGCUCUUCAGCUUCUCCCUGAAGGUUUUACCUCGGACUCCUCUCCUACACUGCUCGUGAAGUUAGCUUAGCAUGCUAGCUGCAGCACAGCGCUAGUCAGAGUGGAAGUUUGAUGGAGAGCAAACGGUUUCUAACGGAGUGUGUGGAGAAAAAGUCUCUGACAUUCAGUCAAAAUGUGUAAAGUCCAAAUGCUGAGAGCGUUGGUGAAGCAGCGACUAACUGCGGCUGCUGAAGAGAUAUUUGUGCUGUUUGAAAGAACGAUAGCAGAGUACGAGGAGGAACUGUGUCGUUCAAAAGAGGAGAACGAGCGACAACGGAAACUACUGGACGCUGUGCUCAAGCCUCAGCUUCGGUUACACAGAGCAGACGUGCAGCAGCUGCUGCUGGUUAGAGAAAAGGUUCCUCCUGAGCAGCAUGAGUGGAGCUCCAGUCUGGACCAGGAGGACCCAGAGCCCCCCCCACCCAUUAAAGAGGAACAGGAGGAACUCUGGAGCAGUCAGGAGGGAGAGCAGCUUCAAGGGCUGGAGGAGGCUGAUAUCACCAAGUUCACAGUCACUCCUUUCCCUGUGAAGAGUGAAGAUGAUGAAGAGAAACCUCAGUCCUCACAGCUUCAUCAAAGACAAACUGAACACAUGGAAACAGGAGCUGAUGGUGAGGACUGUGGAGGACCAGAACCAGCCAGGAACUCAGAUCCAGAGACACAUUUACAACUAAAUAAUAGUGGCAAGGCCUCACAAUGUUACAAACAACUAACUGAAGUCAGCGAUGACUGGAGGGAGACCAGAGAACCUCAGUCCGGUUUAAGCUUUUCGAAAAAUAAAGGAUAUAAUUCUUGUGAGAAACUAUUUCGCUGUUCUGAUUGUGGAAAACAGUUUUACCAAAACUCAAAUCUUAAAACGCACAUGAGAACUCAUACGGGGGAGAAACCCUUCAGUUGCUCAGUUUGUGGUAAAAGAUUUGGUCAGAAGGCACAUCUGCAGAGCCAUUUUAGAUGUCACACAGGGGAGAAACCUUAUAGCUGUUCAAUUUGUAAUAAAUGUUUUUCUCGGUGUGAACAUUUACAGUUACACAUGAGAACCCACACAGGGGAGAAACCAUUCAGCUGCAACAUUUGUGACAAAAGAUUCACUUGGCUGCAUCAGUUUAAAACCCACAAGUGUGGAGGUGAAUCCUCCCAAUUUAAUGACCUCUUGAGCAGUCAGGAGGGAGAGCACCUUCAAGGGCUGGAGGAGGCUGAUAUCACCAAGUUCACAUUCACUCCUGUCCCUGUGAAGAGUGAAGAUGAUGAAGAGAAACCUCAGUCCUCACAGCUUCAUCAAAGACAAACUGAACACAUGGAAACAGGAGCUGAUGUAGAGGACUGUGGAGGACCAGAACCAGCCAGGAACUCAGAUCCAGAGACGCAUUUACAACUAAAUAAUAGUGGCAAGGCCUCACAAUGUUACAAACAACUAACUGAAGUUAGCGAUGACUGGAGGGAGACCAGAGAACCUCACUCCGGUUUAAACUUUCCAAAAAAUAAAGGAUAUAAUUCUUGUGAGAAACUAUUUUGCUGCUCUGAGUGUGGUAAACAGUUUAACCAAAACUCAAAUCUUAAAACACAUAUGAGAACUCAUACGGGGGAGAAACCCUUCAGUUGCUCAGUUUGUGGCAAAAGAUUUGGUCAGAAGGCACAUCUGCAGAGCCAUUUUAGAUGUCACACAGGAGAAAAACCUUACAGCUGUUCAGUUUGUAAAAAAACAUUUUCUCAGUGUGAACAUUUACAGUUACACAUGGGAAACCACACAGGGGAGAAACCAUUCAGCUGCAACAUUUGUGACAAAAGAUUCACUUGGCUGCAUCAGUUUAAAACCCACAAGUGUGGAGGUGAAUCCUCCCAACUUAAUGACCUCUGGAGCAGUCAGGAGGGAGAGCAGCUUCAAGGGCUGGAGGAAGCGGAUAUCACCAAGUUCACAUUCACUCCUGUCCCUGUGAAGAGUGAAGAUGAUGAAGAGAAACCUCAGUCCUCAGAGCUUCAUCAGAGACUAACUGAACACAUGGAAACAGGAGUUGAUGGAGAGGACUCUGGAGGACCAGAACCAGCCAGGAACUCUCUUGAGCCACAUGGACUGACAUGUAACUCAUUCAUUGGACAGUUUUGGUGAAAUCAUCCUGUUGUUGAUCCUGAAAUCAAAGGAAAAAACAAUUAUGUCGCUCAGUUUGUGCUGAAGGAUUUGUCAGUUAGCAUUUAGCAGGUUGGUUAGCAAUUAACAGAGAACAUGGCAGUGAGCAUGUAGCAUGUCAGUAAACAAUCAGUAGGUUGCUUACUUAGCAGGAUAAUUAGCAGGUCGAUGUUCAGGUCAGUUAGAAGGUAACAUGGUAGUUAACAGUUAGCAUGUCAGUUAGAAGAAGGAAAAAAAGGUACAUAAAUGAACAAUAUGCAGGUCAGUUAGCAGGUUGAUGAGCAGCUUAAUUAGGUGUUUCCUUUCUUCAGUUGACUUUGGUUUUAA